GUCAAAGAAGAAAAAAAAUCCCUGGUGUUUGGUAUUCGUCAUUAUUGUGGCGAAUUGAAAAACUCCUGCGUAGAGUUGUUUACUGUGAACUUACACAUAUUUAACAGAUAUAAAAGUAACAUUUUAUAAUAUAGGAGAGUGCUUGAGCGUUUAUAGAAGAUAUAUGUGUUCCUAUAGUACAAUACUGUUGGUGUUAGGUCGUCCUUGCUUUUGACGUUACACACCCAAGUUUCCGAAAAUCGUCCGAUAUAAUAGACUUUUUGAGGAUAAGACGUUGGGAAACAGGCCAAAAUGCAAGCAAUAAAAUGUGUUGUUGUGGGCGAUGGUGCCGUUGGUAAAACGUGCCUGUUGAUUUCCUACACUACGAAUGCCUUUCCUGGCGAGUACAUACCGACAGUUUUCGAUAACUAUUCUGCAAAUGUGAUGGUCGAUGGUAAACCCAUUAAUUUAGGAUUGUGGGAUACGGCCGGUCAGGAAGAUUACGACAGGCUGAGGCCCUUGUCUUAUCCACAGACUGAUGUCUUUCUAAUCUGUUUUUCCUUAGUUAAUCCCGCUUCAUUCGAGAAUGUCCGAGCAAAGUGGUACCCUGAAGUAAGACAUCACUGCCCGAAUACGCCCAUUAUACUAGUAGGUACAAAAUUAGAUCUGAGAGAAGAUAAAAGUACAAUUGAAAAAUUGAAAGAUAAAAAGCUGGCACCAAUUACUUAUCCACAAGGCUUGGCGAUGGCCAAGGAAAUCAGCGCCGUCAAAUAUCUAGAAUGUUCGGCUCUAACUCAAAAAGGACUGAAAACGGUGUUCGACGAAGCCAUCAGGGCGGUGCUGUGUCCCGUCAUGCCGCCCAAACCCAAACGUAAAUGUGUUAUUCUCUAAGAUUA